AUGGCUUACCGGAGUCCAAAACCUGCUGGAAAUUAUUCGUACACACCCCUGGAAAAUCAAAACGACCAAAAAAUUGAUGGGAUCAGCCAGAAACUGAACGCUCUCAGAAAUAUUACUGUAAAUAUCCAAGAUGAAGUACGCCAACAAAAUCGCCUCCUAAAUGAUAUGGACACCGAUUUUGAUAGCAGUCAAGGACUCCUCGGAGCCACAAUGCAUCGACUCGGGAUCACCACCAGAUCGGGAGGCACAAAAUUGAUCUGCUACCUCGCUGGCUUCUCCCUAUUUGUUUUGUUUACAAUUUAUUUCUUGGCAUCACGAGGCGGGGAA